UUUGGGAAUUACACUAGUGCCCAUGCCAUACGAUCCGGAGUCGACUCAAGUCGUCCCGACUGGCUUCAUAAAAACUUCCACAAGCCUACUGCGACAUCUUCCUCAGCCAAGGAAGAAAAAAACAGAGACAACAAUGGAGGUUUUUCACCUGCCGACUACAUCACCACUCCUCACUUCGAUCGCUGCCGCCUCGAUUCUCCUUUUUCUUCUCGUCUCCGACAAUUACUCAGACCGAUUCGCAACCAAAUCUCCGCCUCCACUAAAAUUCACGCACCUCCACCAAUUUCCUCCGAUUUCCGAUCGAUUCCAAGCCGUUCACUUGCCGGAAAUCUCCGAGGAGUUGCUCGCUCAUCGCCUUAAUCUAAGAAAAGCGACGAAAACGAGAUUGACCAGAGACGAAAAGCUCGAACUAGGGCUCGCUCGGGCUAGGGCGGAAAUUCGCCGAGCGGCGAAGGUCUCGAACUUAUCGACCACCGUCGAUUACGUUCCUUCUUUCGCAGUUUAUCACAAUCCCCGCGCUUUUUUUCAGAGCUACGUGGAGAUGGAGAGAAGAUUCAAAGUGUACGUGUACCCGGAGGGGGAUUUGCCGAUAACCCACGACGGGCCGUGCAAGAACAUAUACACAGUGGAAGGGAGGUUCAUACAUGAGAUGGAGCAUGGGGCGAACGGGUUCAGGACGGCGGAUCCGAGUGUGGCUCAUGUUUUUUUUAUGCCGUUCAGCGUGGCUUGGAUGGUUAAGUACUUGUAUGAAUCUGGAAGCUUUGAUCAAACGCCGCUGCGGGUGUUUGUGAGUGAUUACGUGCGGGUGGUGUCAGAAAAGUACCCAUUUUGGAAUAAAACAACUGGGGCUGACCACUUUAUUGUUUCAUGCCAUGAUUGGGGUCCAAUUGCAACAGAAGGAAACCCCUUCCUAUACAACACAUCCAUCCGCGUCUUCUGUAACGCCAACUCCUCCGAAGGAUUCAACCCACAAAAAGACGUCAGCUUACCGGAGAUCCACCUCUACGACGGCGACAUAUCCCCGAAGCUACUGUCGCCGCCAGACACCCAACGUGCCCACCUAGCAUUCUUCGCAGGCGGUAACCACGGUCCAAUAAGACCCAUAAUCCUAAAGCACUGGAAAGACCGCGACAGCGACAUCCGCGUGUACGAGUAUCUCCCAAAGAAGCUGGACUAUUACGAGCUAAUGCUGAAGUCAAGAUUUUGCCUGUGCCCAAGUGGGUACGAAGUGGCAAGUCCCAGAAUCGUGGAGGCAAUUUAUGCUGAAUGUGUGCCGGUGAUUAUUUCGGAGAAGUACGUUUUGCCAUUCAGCGACGUGUUGAGAUGGGAAGGGUUUUCGAUUAAGGUGGGCGUGUCGGAGAUUCCGAGGUUGAAGGAGAUUUUGAUGGGGGUGUCGGAGGCAGAGUACAGUAGGCUCAAAGAGGGUUUGAGGAUUGUUCGAAAGCACUUUGUGUUGAACCGUCCGGCUAAGAGAUUAGAUGCUUUUCAUAUGAUUUUGCAUUCGAUUUGGCUUAGGAGAUUGAAUGUAAGACUUGCGUAGCAAUAAACUACACUUCAUUGUACUUUAGGAGAUUGGGAUGGAUGCCUUGAAAGUGUUCAUUUGCAUUUCAAACAUUGAUAUAUAUAUACUGAAAGAUGUUGAUAGAUAAUGCUAGAAAUACUAAGGUUGAGAUACCCCGAACGAUUGGAUCCCACAAAUUUGGGAUGUCAUUUCACCGCAUGCUCUUUCUUCUAACUAAAUACCUGAUAUCAAAGCCUAACACAUCUGACAGUGUACCAAUAAAGAUGUUGGUCCCCAAAGAGAGUGGAUUGUGAGAUCUCAUAUUGGAUCAUCCAUCAUCAUGGUUGUUUUGAAUAUCAGAAUCUGAGAAUAGUUUUGUUGAUUAAAGAUUUGGUUGAAAUAACAGGCUGGGGAAGAAAGGACACAUAAUUUAGCACUAAAAAAAUAGUACAAUGGACCCAACUUUCAUUCAUCGCUGCUCAAACUUUGAACGCAGGAAUCAAAUCUCACAGUCUCUGUCUCUGUCUCAGCCUGUUCGCUCAAGCAUCAUCACCUCAAUAUCAAGCCUAAGCAGAAGCAAUAUCACCCACCUGCAUACACACACACCCUCACCUUACUUUUCUUCAAACCCUGUUAUUACU